UUGAAGAGUGUGGGAGAGAGCUGAGCACUUGGAGAAGCAGAACUUUGAGAGAGGUUUAUGAGUGUUACAUUUGGUGGACCUAAAUAAUUCGUCGAAAGAAUUGGCUCUUCGUGCACACUGGUGCCUUGCAUUGCUUGAGUUCAAAGGAGAGAGUAGGGAGUGAUCUGGAGGACUUUCGAAAAAGUUUUUUGUAUUUUUUCCUUCUUAUCUAAUCUGCGGGCUUCUUCCCAUCGAGGUUUCCACGAGGCUGCAGGAGCUAGCUGUGAACGUUCGUUGUUUAAGCAGCGAGUUGGCAUUGUCCGCUUCUGCUGAAUUCGCCGCACUGACGGGCGACAUUCACAAGUUUUGGCAGCAACCAGCGGCGAAUCUGAAGAUAUUUCAAGGGUUUAGUUUGACAGCGACGUCGACGAAGACCUGUACUAAAUAUGGGUUCAUUGAUGGCUGGAUGGUCGACAACCCCUCCAUGCGCAAAGAAGGUAUUCAAGCGAACAACGUCAUCCUUGACAAGGGAUGAAGUUAAGCGAUACUGGCGGUCAAAGCGAACCCAAAGCAGGGAGCAUCUGGAAGAGGCUCACAGGGCCGCUGCGCUUGCCAGAUCUCGCUCAUAUAUGAUUGAUACUACCUUGUCAGAGGAGGCUGAGGAUGCCUUUGCCGACAUGAACUCAGAUGGUGGAAGCUUGUCUGGGAGUCAGCCAACUACGCCCACCGCAAAUGAGCGAGGAGAUGAAGAUACCAAAAAGUGCUGGUGGAGAAGGAGCAACUUUGCAUUCCUUAACGAGCCUCCACUACACGAAGAGAAGCAUUACAGUUAUGUUUCCCAGUACGAUAUAGACGUGAGAUCACGAGUCACUGAGAUGGAUAACCCCCGUGGUGAAACUCUGAAACACACCAGGAGCAGCUUAUCCAUCUUCUAAAGUGCGGAAAAGCCUCCACACUGCCGAGAUCACAACUGUGAGAAGACUCCAUGCGUUCAUUAGCUUGCAUUGUACUCGCGUGUAAUUUAUCUAUUCCGUAGUUAGACUUUGACUCUGGGGAGUGCUCAAAUCAAAAGAUCAAGUGCCCCAGAGUGUGCAUUCGGAGAUGAUGAGAUCAUGCAUGUGAUCAUUACAUCUCGGCGCCUGUAGAUAUUGAGGUGGGUUUAAAAUCUGAAGGGAAAGAAAAAAAACAGAUUGGAAGAUAGAGUCCAUAGUACCAGUAGGAAUCAGUUCAAGUGAAGGGCAGGUUCAUAGCGAGUUGUUCGUGCAGAACUAGUCAUUAUACCACAUUUAGUAUAACCCAACAGGUCAGUUCAAAGUACAUCAUGAUCGUUAGACAUAAGUCAUGCUUUCUUUGAUUGGCUGCUUGGAAACUAGUAGGUGGAUCUAGUCCACAAGUCUUGUACUACUCAUCUUAGUCAGUAAGGAAGAGAUGUAUCCGCUCCAUGAGAGGUAUACGGAAGGAAGCCGGUUGUUCAAGCUUUAGGCUCCCGACUAGCUUCCAGUUCUAGGUUGUUCAAGGUCAUGUCUACAAUUGGAAGAUACUUGUUAGGGGCAGGAGGAUAUAGAGGGAGUACUAGUGGUAGACUAGGCGAGGUGCUAGUCUGGAAAAAACAACAGCAUGAAUAGCCCUACGUACUUGGAUUGAAAACUGUAGUGUUACAUAUGUAUAUACGCAGAUCUCGGUUGAUUGAGCUGUGUACAGUACACUAGCUCGCCACUUAUGAACAUGUCUUCUGCUUCACGUGAAAGUGGAUCAUGGAAGUAGACUUCUAGUGUCCAACGUGUUGGAUUUGGAUAUGACAGUCCACUGAUGCAAAAACUGAAAUAAAA